AUGUCUGAGAAUCCAAGGGGAUCCAGCGAUGUGGAACAGCAACAGUCCCGUACCUCACGACGCAUGUCUCGUGCUGAACGAAGAAUUUCACGGGCUAUCAGUGUUGCCAAUGACCAGAGCCUUGAUGAGUACGAAAGGCUGGUCAGAUAUGUAUCCGUCUACAGAGAGCCAGGGACUUCUGAGAUUGAAGAAGAAGGGGGAGAGAUGAAGCGUGUAUGGUAUACACCUUGGAAGAAAAAAUGGGUACCCUCAAACGAGGCGAUGGAAGCAAGACAGCGAUUGCCAGACGACUGGCUUAUUACAGAUAUAAAACGAGGUCUAUCCGAAGAAGAAAUUACCAACCGACGUCAUCGAACUGGGUGGAAUGAAUUGAUAUCACAAAAGGAAAAUCCAAUAGCGAAGUUCAUGUCCUACUUUCAAGGCCCUAUUUUGUAUGCCGGUCUCAAAGAUUGGGUCGAUUUUGGCGUUAUCAUCGGUAUACUUUUCCUCAACGCCUCAGUGGGAUGGUAUCAAGAAAAGCAAGCUGCGGAUGUAGUGGCAAGCCUCAAGGGUGACAUUGCAUUACGAUGCACAGUAGUUCGCAACGGUCGAGAAUGUGAAGUAUUAGCUCGUGAACUGGUUCCAGGUGAUGUGGUGAUUGUUCAAGAAGGAACCGUUGUUCCCGCUGACGCCAAAGUUAUAUGUGGAUACGAUGAUCCAGAUGGUUUCGAGGCCUUCAAGAGAAUGGAGGCAGAAGGAGCUCUCGAUGAGUCAUCAGGAGAGGAAGAAGAAAAAGAAUGUGGUCAAGAACGAGAAGAAGAUGAGAACCUAGCCGAUGGCGACCAAAACAAGGAGAAAAAGGGAGAGGAAUCCGGGAAAGAAGACGAGGAAAAAGAGAGUCGAAAAGGAUAUCCAAUUCUGGCCUGUGACCACUCAGCUAUUACCGGUGAAUCCCUUGCUGUCGACCGGCAUAUGGGAGAGUUGGUCUACUAUACGACACACUGCAAACGAGGAAAAGCUUACACGGUUGUGCAGACACCAGCAAAGACUUCCUUUGUUGGAAGAACUGCGAGCAUGGUAGCAGGUGCAGGUGAUAAGGGCCAUUUUGAAAUAGUCAUGGAUAACAUUGGCUCUUCGCUUCUAGUCUUGGUGAUGGCAUGGAUCCUUGCUGCUUGGAUUGGCGGUUUCUUUCGGCAUGUUCCGAUUGCAAGCCCCGGAAAACAGACUCUAUUGGAAUAUACCCUGGUACUACUGAUUAUCGGAGUCCCAGUCGGUUUGCCUGUUGUCACUACUACGACCAUGGCUGUUGGAGCGGCUUAUCUUGCCCGUAGGAAGGCAAUUGUACAAAAGCUAACAGCCAUAGAGUCACUCGCGUCUCUGGAUCCUAUUGACAAAGUGACCCUUCUGACGCUCAAACAAUACCCAAAGGCAAAAGAGAUCCUUCGGUCUGGCUGGAAGACGGAAAAGUUCACGCCAUUUGAUCCUGUCUCAAAAAGGAUUGUUACAGUCUGCACAUGUGAUGGUGUCCGAUAUACAUGCACUAAAGGCGCGCCAAAAGCGGUGCUCGGCUUGACCAAGUGUUCUCAAAGGACUGCAGAUUUAUACAGGAAGAAAUCACAAGAAUUCGCCCAUCGUGGUUUCCGCUCACUGGGAGUGGCAGUACAAAAAGAAGGUGAAGAUUGGAGAUUACUGGGAAUGAUGCCAAUGUUUGAUCCACCCCGUGAGGAUACCGCUCAGACAAUUUCCGAGGCCCAAGCCCUUGGUAUCAGCGUAAAGAUGCUUACUGGAGACGCUAUUGCGAUUGCAAAAGAGACAUGCAAAAUGCUUGCAUUAGGCACAAAGGUCUAUAAUUCGGAACGAUUAAUUCAUGGCGGUCUGAGUGGCGCGAUGGCUCAUGAUUUGGUUGAAAAAGCGGACGGUUUUGCAGAGGUGUUUCCUGAGCACAAAUAUCAAGUUGUUCAAAUGCUCCAAGAACGUGGACAUCUCACGGCAAUGACAGGAGACGGUGUGAAUGAUGCACCGUCUCUUAAAAAGGCAGACUGUGGCAUAGCUGUUGAAGGGGCUUCAGAAGCAGCACAGUCAGCUUCAGACAUUGUUUUCUUGGCACCGGGCCUUUCAACGAUUAUCGACUCAGUAAAAGUGGCUCGACAGAUCUUUCAUCGGAUGAAAGCGUACAUUCAAUACCGGAUCGCGUUGUGUUUGCAUUUGGAAAUCUAUCUGGUCUCGACAAUGAUUAUUCUGAAUGAGACUAUUCGGGUUGAGCUGAUUGUCUUUUUGGCAUUAUUUGCCGAUUUGGCGACAGUGGCAGUAGCCUAUGACAACGCAUCAUUUGAGCUAAGACCAGUGGAAUGGCAGCUACCAAAAAUAUGGUUUAUAUCGAUCGUUUUGGGUAUUCUAUUGGCUGCGGGAACCUGGAUAAUUCGGGGUACGAUGUUUCUUUCCGACGGUGGUAUCAUUCAAAAUUGGGGCUCAAUUCAAGAGGUUCUUUUCCUUGAAGUGGCACUCACCGAGAACUGGUUGAUUUUUGUAACUAGAGGAGCAGACACCUUACCCUCGAUUCCGUUAGUUGGCGCAAUAGUUGGCGUUGAUAUUUUAGCUACGAUCUUUUGCCUUUUCGGGUGGUUUACCAAUCAAAACAUGAGAACGCAUCCUGGCGAUCGGUUCCGGGAGACACAUAAUGGCUGGACGGAUAUUGUCACCGUGGUACGAAUUUGGGGCUACUCUCUGGGAGUGACAAUUGUGAUUGCUUUGGUUUAUUUCACACUCAACAAACUCGAAUGGCUAAACAACCUAGGGCGCAAGUCUAGAAACAAGGGUGACAUUCAGAUGGAAAAUAUGCUCGGUCACCUUUCUCGAGUUACUAUUGAACAUGAACAACAUGGUGAACUGAAGGGACGGUACUUUUUGAGCGCGGCUCGAGAGGAGGAAGAGGCUGAAUGA